GAAUUCGCCCAAGCGGAGUGGGCAAAAAAGGGCAUCACCUCGAAGAGAGAGUCGAGAUUCGAAAAGGGAUAAGAGGGAUGAGUGGCAGAGGAGGCCGAUGUUGUUCGAGAGACAAAGAUACCACACUUUCACGCCCUUGAGGAAAGAUAUGACGGAGGUUCUCGAGGCCAUGGAGCAAAAGAUGCCGAGUGAGGAUGUGACUUGGCCGAAGACGAGGUUUACAGGCCCAAUUCGACCCAGGUCAGAUAUUUACUGUCGCUUUCAUCGAGAUUAUGGUCACACCACGGAGAAUUGCAGACAUUUGAAAGAUGAGAUCGAGAGGCUGAUUCGAGCAGGAUACUUGAAAGAAUUUGU